GGGAGGAAGGGACGGAGGAACGAUGGCUCUGAAAGGAGUCUUCAAGGAACGACUUCUUCAGAUCGUUUCGGUGGCUACACAGGUGGCCAUAUCUCGGCGAGUGCAGAGGUACAAGCUCGCAUUGCGCGGGCGUCAAGACGCCGAAAACAGGCGAACAAGAUCGACCUCGGACCAGUCAACGCCAAUGAUAUGGGGAUGGAGUGUAGACGCAUCGUAGAACGCGUUUUCGUUUGAAGUUGGCGUCUUGUUUGAGAGUAGAUGUGACAGAUUUGCGUAGAAUAGGGUAAGAUGUUAUCAUGAACGGAGAUGAAAGGGCUUUUCCAACACGGAGAUGUAGCAUGGAUCAAAGCAUUUGUUGGAUUUCAGCUUUUACAAGCGGACAUCAACGCAGUAGUAUUUUAGCAAGCUUACGAACGCAUAUAGGUUACCAUCAGGAUU